CACGCGGCCCCGCCCCGCGCCGAUAGAAACCUGCGGCAGGGCGAAGCGCGGCGCGGAGAGAGCCGCGGCCGCGGGGCCAGCACGCAGCGGCGGCGUCGGGGCCGCCGUCGGCGGGGCGGGCCGCGCCAUGCAGUACCCGGCGGCCGGCGCGGCGCCGACGGCGGCGCUGGGCGUCCCGCUGUACGCGCCCACGCCGCUGCUGCAGCCCGCGCACCCCACGCCCUUCUACAUCGAGGACAUCCUGGGCCGCGGCCCCGCCGCCCCGCCGCCCCACGGCCUGCCCGCCCCGCCGCCGCCGCCGCCGCCGACCCUGCCGUCGCCCAACUCCUCCUUCACCAGCCUGGUGGCCCCGUACCGGACGCCCGUCUACGAGCCGACCCCCGUGCACCCGGCCUUCUCCCACCACCUCGCCGCCUCCUACGGCGCCGGCGCCUACGCCGGGCCCCUCUACUCCUUCCCGCGGGCCGUCGGCGACUACGCGCACGCCCUGCUGCGGCCGGACCCCCUGGGGAAGCCCCUGCUCUGGAGCCCCUUCAUCCAGCGGCCGCUGCACAAGAGGAAGGGGGGCCAGGUCCGCUUCUCCAACGACCAGACCAUCGAGCUGGAGAAGAAGUUCGAGACGCAGAAAUACCUCUCGCCGCCCGAGAGAAAGCGCCUCGCCAAGAUGCUGCAGCUCAGCGAGCGGCAGGUCAAAACGUGGUUUCAGAAUCGCAGGGCCAAAUGGAGGCGUCUAAAGCAGGAAAACCCCCAGGCCCCCAAAAAGGAGGAAGCCGACGGCGCCGACGGCCCCUGCGCGCCGCGGCCCGAGGGCUGCGGCAGCCCCGAGCGCAAGGGCCAGCAGGUCUCCCUCGACGGCGCGCCGCUCGCCCCCUCGCCCGCCUCGCCGGAGGAGCUGGAGUCCGACGUCUCCGACGACUCCGACCAGGAGGUGGACAUCGAAGGCGACAAAGGCUUUUACACCCCCGCGCACUGAUGGCGGACCCUGGCUCGGCUUGCACUUUACCGGGGGCUGGCUUUGGGGAGGAUUUCGUUGCAGGAGAAAACGUUCACCGAUCCCCCGAAAGCAAAGCGAAACAGACUCGUUUUAUAACAAGCAGGGAGAGAGAGACUUCUUUUUCACAAACAGUCCAUUUUUUUUGGCAGAUCUCUAGUUUGGUUAAAGGAGCAGAUCCGUGUUUGUAUUUAAUUUGUAAGAUAUAUUUGUACAUUAAUUAAUGUUCUAACUGGAAUUUAAUACUGCGUCCUGCCCAUACUCGCUGGGGGUCUGAAUCAGCUGCUGCCGGUGAUCCGGCAAAACUCCUUUCUGUCUCGUGGGGAAGUGAGGGAAGUGCAGGACUAAGCCCUUUGUAUGUGUAUACAAAUGUAGUUUAAAUAAAUUAAUUUAAACGCCCUUCCCAA